CCUGGGUUCCCUCCUGGGUCCGCAGUGGAAACACUGCCCUCUCCCUUCUUGACCCCUAGCCCGCCCUUCCCUCCCUCCUUCCCUCCUGUCGCCCUCUCUUCUGGCGCCGCUGCUCCCGGAGGAGCUCCCGGCACGGCGAUGGGUUCUCGGGCCUCCACGUUACUGCGGGACGAAGAGCUCGAGGAGAUCAAGAAGGAGACCGGCUUUUCCCACAGUCAAAUCACUCGCCUCUACAGCCGGUUCACCAGCCUGGACAAAGGAGAGAACGGGACUCUCAGCCGGGAAGAUUUCCAGAGGAUUCCAGAACUUGCCAUCAACCCACUGGGGGACCGGAUCAUCAAUGCCUUCUUUCCAGAGGGAGAGGACCAGGUAAACUUCCGUGGAUUCAUGCGAACUUUGGCUCAUUUCCGCCCCAUUGAGGAUAAUGAAAAGAGCAAAGAUGUGAAUGGACCCGAACCACUCAACAGCCGAAGCAACAAACUGCACUUUGCUUUUCGACUGUAUGAUUUGGAUAAAGAUGAAAAGAUCUCCCGUGAUGAGCUGUUACAGGUGCUACGCAUGAUGGUCGGAGUAAAUAUCUCAGAUGAGCAGCUGGGCAGCAUCGCAGACAGGACCAUUCAGGAGGCUGAUCAGGAUGGGGACAGUGCCAUAUCUUUCACAGAAUUUGUUAAGGUUUUGGAGAAGGUGGAUGUAGAACAGAAAAUGAGCAUCCGAUUUCUUCACUAAAGGAGACCAAACUGUUCCUUGCAGUCUAGUAUUUAAGAACUGGAACUUGAAAGUCCUCCUUCCACCAACUCCACCUCCACCCCCUCAUUCCCCUUCUCCCAAAGUACUACUGCUGUUGCAUGACAACCCCAAAUAUGUUCUGUCAACACAAACCUGCCUUUGGUGUAUAAACAGGGCAUUACAGAAUGGUACACCCUAUCUAUUUCUGUUCGGUAUCCAUUCACUAGUUCUUCAUUUAUAAGUAUCUUCCCUGUUCUGCCGCUGAAUGCCACACAUCCAUCCAGUCUAAGAAAGUGAGACAGGCAAUCAUGCCAAGAACAAGCCAGCAAAGCUCUUUCACCAGGUGUAGACUGUAGCCCUGCUGCCUUCCCUCCAGCGAGUCUGCCAGCAUGCUUUAUCCUUUUUAUAUGUUCUUUGCUUCCUACUUGUGUGUCAUCCAACAUACUGUUCACUUUCUCUGGCAGUCUUUCUGCCUUUCAUUAAGCCUCAAAAUCUCCUCUGUUCUACUUGCACCACAAGCUAUGCCCUAUAUAUGUAUUUUUGACUUGGCAGGAUAGUCCAGGGGUCUGGCAGUUUUUAUUUACCUUCAUUAUUAAAUGGGCCUCUGGGAUGUUGCCUCUCCAGGAGCUUUUUGGUAACCAACAUUUCUCUCAAAGUAUGAGACCAUCCUCUGCACUCCGCUCUGUCAUCAAAGGCUGCUAGGUGGAGAUACCCUUUUUGAAAGGUGGCCUUGGUGAGAGGUAUGGAGUCAAGUCUUCUAGGCUGCUUGCCCACAUCACUCUACCUCUGGCCUCUGAUUCUCAACUUUGUACCUAUGUGGCUCCUCUUGUUAGUGCAAUGUUGACUGUUAAAAAAAAAACAGCAGUAUGCUUACAGGUUUGCUUAGUUUGGGGACACUGUAACUACCAGAAUGGCUGCUCUGACAAUAUGCCUAGGGACUUUCUCAUGGCUUUUAUUAACAAGGAGGCUGGGCACCCUAUAAAGCCUCAUGCAUUCACACCUUUGCAGCAUGGUUUAUGCCUCAGUGUUAUGUGCACUGCAAUGUUUUCCACUUCACAUUUCCAAGUAGAAAGAUUAGUGUUACGGAAGUGCCUAAUAUCCCAGUCCAAAUUUAUUUAUUUAUUUAUUUAUUUUUUGAGACA